AUGGAGAGCUCGGUGGAAGAGCAAUCGGAGCCGCCGAGGAAGAAAGUUCGAAAGGGCACGCGGAGCUGCUGGGAGUGCAAGCGGCGCAAGAUCCGGUGCUCCUUUGCCGCACCGGCGGAUGUGAUCUGCUUGGGAUGCAAGAGCCGCGGGACUGCAUGCGUCAGCCAAGAGUUCCCCUAUGUGCCCGCGCUCGCGAGUUCCAAGUCCGGCGUCGAGGACAGGCUCGGCCGUCGCGUUCCAACAUGGCCUGGCACAGAUCCGGAACCGGAUUCACAUCCCGCUGCCGCUAGCACCAGACACGAAGGACUCGCCCGCACACUUCGCGCGGCGUGGCCCAGUCCCCGUGAGCUCGAUUUGAUCCUCAGCGAGCCCGUCGGAACAUCCGGGUUCCUCCUGCGAAAGGCAGGCUGUACGGAGCCCCGCUGGGACGCGGCAUCGGCGCGGGAAACCCUCCAGCUGCCGUCGCCGGGCUCUCAUCCCGUGCUGGUAGCGGCGAAACUCCUUACUCUGUGCAUCCAUCUGCAAGGUGUCCCGAUCAGUUCCGUGCAGCGCUUGGAACGUCUGGGCGUCAGCUGCUGCGACAUCAUGUCGAGGGCGGCCGACGCAGUGAAGCUCGUGACGGGCAGCGACGAGCUCGCCAACUCGAUCGAGGGUGUCGAAUGCCUCGUCAUGCUGAGCACGUACCUCGAGAACGCCGGCAACAUCAGCCGGGCAUGGGUUGUUGCGCGUCAGGCUAUGGCGGUGGCGCUGGUCAUGGGCCUGCAUCGGGGCAGCGGCCGUGGAGGCGGCAUCAUGAAGACGCUUGACCCUGGAACGAAGACACGCAUCAACCCAGAGCAGCUGUGGUUUCGCUUGGUACAGAUCGACCGCUACCUCUCCAUGAUGCUCGGCCUGCCGCAUAGCUGGAUCGAUGACGACUUUGCCACGCCGAAGGCUCUGGCGAGUUGUGCCCUCGAGGAGCGUAUGCGGCGCAUCCACUGCUCGGCCGCCGGCCGAAUCCUCCAACGUAAUAACGCUGAGGCUGACCUCGCCCAGACUCGAGAGAUCGAUCUAUUGCUGCAGGACGCAGCGUCCUCCGUGCCGCCAGAGUGGUGGCUGCCACCCGAGCUCGACGCUCCCCUACAAUCCAGCAGCAGUAGGGGCGGAGACCAUCAACAAGACAUGGGGCUCGACGACGCGGUGCGUCUCAUGGACCAAUUCGUGCAUUACCACCUCCUGCUGCGGUUGCAUCUCCCAUACCUCCUACGCUCCCCAAGCGAUGGCAACACCAGCCACCACAUGUCCUACCUCCACAGCAAGAUCACCGCCGUGCACGUAAGCCGCGAGUUGCUCUCGCGCUUCGUCUCCUUCCGCAAGGCCGACCCUACCGGCACCUACUGCACGCACGCCGUGAACUUCCUCGCCUUCACCGCGGCCUCCGCCCUGUGCCUCGCGCACAUUGAAGCGUGGCGACAGCGCCAAAACCAAGCGCCAGUCCUGACCACCACCACCACCACCACCACCACCACCAUCCCGACAACAACAACAACAACAACCACCAACCCCCUAGUCGCGACACCGACAUCAGCCCACCCAAUGACCUUCCUCGCCCACCCGCGCCCAAGCGACCGCGCGCUGAUCGAGCGCGCGCUCGCCUGCAUCCAGAGCACCCGGCGCUCCCCGCCCGCGCCAGCGCCGGACCGGCCCGACCCCACGGCCGCCCAGAUGGCCACUAUCCUGCGCCACCUGCUGCUCAUCGAGGCCGACGCCGCGCGCGGGGGCGCCUACCGCCACCGCACCACCCCUGCU